AUGGCUGUCGAGACUGUCGACACAUCAUGGAUGUGGCAUCCCGAUUUCCAUGAGAACGUCUCUGAUACCGCUGGUCGUUUCGUUCAUUUCCGCAAAACAGUAUUUGUCGACAAAGAGAUACCGACACCUCUCACAAUCAGCAUCACCGCUGAUACACGCUGCGAUGCAGCUCUCUGGUUCUACGACAAGGUCGACAUCAGUCCGUAUCUGCACACGGGACACAAUCUGAUUGCGAUCCACGUCUUGAGACUCUUCCACGGGACCUCAUAUGCCACUAGCUUUCCACGAUUGGGAUGCGGUGGUGUUCGGGUCAGAAAAACUAUCGACAAUCCCUUCUGGGCGUCGGAGCUUUGCAGCAGUGUUCAUUGGGAGACGGCGGUAGAUCAGUUCGUGACGCUCCCCAUUGAUCAAGCCGAAGAUGAUUUCCUCCAUAUUUACGAAAAGGUCGAGAGAGACGACAGGGGCGCAUCGUCCUUGGUGUGGACCUCAGCUAUUAUAUUACAGUUCCAGAACUCGACCGGUGUGACAGCACCUUGGAAGCUAUCGCCUCGUCUUAUCUCACACAUGGAGAUCAACAAGUCUCAGUUCAAGGCUAUUCACAACGUUGAGAGCACAUUGUCCUCGGAAGUCUGGGAGAGAAACUUGAUCAACCUUGAUGACCAAGGAUCUGACCUGGUACUCUCACCUGACACCAAGCAUCAGCUAGAUCUCGAGGCCCCGACCCAUACAACUGCGUUCAUCCGUUUUCGUUUCCAGCGUCCCGACCGCCCAGGCGCCAAAAUGAUUAUCACAUACUCGGAAAGCUACGAAGACACUCCAGCUCUAGUCCCGUACCUCCGCCGGAAGGGAAACCGAAUGGAUACAACAAAGUCUUUGAUCGGACCGCAAGAUGUUUACAACUUCCAGGGCCAGGAAGGAAACUUGCAUUUGGAUUAUUAUGAAGGCGAAGAUGAGGACGAGGUCUACAUGCCUUUCCAUUGGAGAUCUUUUCGUUUUCUCAGAAUUAGCCUGUGGGCCAGCUCUUCGGGCUUAACGUUGCGCGGAGUCGAUAUUGAGACUGUCAAUUAUCCUUUAGACGUACUUGCAAAUGUCAGUACCGGCCCGGAUGGCGAGGAAGCUAAGGCCCUCUUCGACACAAGCAUACGAACACUGCAGAACUGCAUGCACGAUUGCUACGAGGAUUGUCCGUUUUAUGAACAACUUCAAUACGCCAUGGAUACACGGAGCUCAUGUCUGUUCACAUACUAUGUUUCUAGAGAUGACCGUCUUGCUAGACAAGCAAUAAUCCAGCUGCAUAACUCUUUCCAACCUCGUGUCGGACUCACGGCGAGCCGAGCGCCGUCCAGCCAACUCCAAAUUAUCCCUGCCUUUUCCCUUUAUUGGAUAUGUAUGUUACAUGACCACUUUACCUUUUACAACGACAUCGACUUUAUCCGGCCUUUUCUUCCUGUCGUCGAUGCUGUACUCAACUUCUUCCACUCUCGCAUCCAAGAACAGACCGGUCUGGUUGUUUUGAGGAAUGAGGAGGGUAUUUGGAAUUUUCAUGACUGGGCGGAACAAUGGCGGCCGUAUGGAAUUCCUCCAUCUGUCGAGCGGUCGGGCAUCUCGACUUUACAAACGGCUUGUGCUGGUCGAUCUUAUCUGGCCAGUGAAUAUUCCCAGCGGGCGAGCCGCAUUGCAAAAGCACUCAGAUCUCACUGCUUUGACGGGCGCUACUUCACCGACAGCCUGGCCUCAGACUCAGACCCUAAGACUGAUAUCAGUCAGCACAGCCAGAUCUGGGUGAUCCUUUGCGGCGCUAUAAGUGGUUCGGCUGCCCAGAUUCUGCUGUAUGACGUACUGGAUGUGUCUCGAGACAGGAAAGGCUCGCUGGUCAAAACAUCGGUGUCAAUGUCAUUCUACACACUACGUGCAAUGGUUAUCGCAGGAGGCAACUUGUACAACGAUCUGUAUGAAAAGUUUUGGCAGCCAUGGCGUGACCAACUGGAUCUCAACCUGACAACGUGGGAAGAAGACGACGUUUCGCAUCGCUCAGACUGCCACGCUUGGGGCAGCGCUCCCAUCCAUGAAUUUCUGGCAGAGGUAGCGGGCAUCAAGCCUGCACAACCCGGCUGGGACCAGGUACGGUUUGCGCCUCGGUUGGGUCUAUACCCGUCUUUCGAGGCAACAGUGCCUUUCUACAGAAGGGGGAAACUUGGUUUGGCAGAGGUCUCGUGGAGUUCAUCAGACGAUGAAGUGGUUGUUGAGUUGCGUAUCGAGGGGUUAGCCAGGCCAGUCACGGUGAUUGUACAAUUACCUGGUCAGUCGGAGAAGGUGAUGAAUAGCUUCGAGAAGAUGGUAUUCCGCUGUGCGCAGAUAGGAAAUUAA